AUUCGCAAACACGCCCUUAUACAUUAGAUAGUCAUAAUCCAUCCACAGCAUUUGAUGUCGGCUGGCUGAUCUACCUCUCGAUCUGCUCUCCUCUGCACUGCACUGCUCUGCUCGACUCUAUUCGACUCCACUGCGUUCCCACCCGCUCGUUCGAUCUGCACCGAUCGGUAUCGUUGUGGCUGUGGUUCUUGUGGGAUUUUGUUUCGGAUCACAAUGACGGCCGGCGUGGUUGUGUACCCUGAUGCCUGUGAAUCUGAGGUCUCCAAAGGUGAGGAGUGAUGCCAUCGUUUCCAAAGAUCCUGUCCAUUCUCAUCUCAAUAGCAGCGUUGUUCAGAACAAUGGUGCUGUUGGUCUUCACUUGGACCCUCAAAAGGACAAUUCCCAAUCUCAUUUGCUCAACAAGGCUGCCGCAGAAGCCCCACAUCUCAAUGACGGAGAGGUGGUGGUGUCUGAGUGAGCAGAGACUGACCAGGAUCCAAAAGAAGCCGAGGACGUACCCAUGGAAGAUGCUUCGAGGGAUCUAAGCCAACAGACAAAGCAUUAUUCGAUGCCAACCUGAGCCCCAACCCCAAUCCCAUCGUUGGAUGAGCAAGUUGUGGGCAAUCUCAUGUCCAAGGAAACUACUGCGGACAACUUGCCUGCUUGUCAUGCUCAUGAACAAAAUGAAUAUUCUGAAAAUGGCCUCGACUCAUCUGCCCCCAUAAUUUUUGAAAAUGCCUCUCUCCAAGAUGCGACAAAGUCAGCUACUCAAGUUGUCAACAGCUGUGUCUCUGAUCAAAGUAAUGGAGAUGGCUUCCCGAAUAUUCACGUGCCUCUAGUUACAAAUGAUAAUGACUUACUUGAUACACCUGAAGAGAAUCAUGGAUCGUGUGAAAAUGCUGAUAGUUUUGAGAAAGUAGCUGUUGGAAAUGGUGAAAGCUUUUCAGCUGUUGCUGAUAAUGAUAUAACAGAAGAUCAAAAUGCUGAGAAUGGCGUUUCUCUACCUACUGAAGAUGUUUCAAAUUGCUCUAUUGAUGAUGUGAGGCUAGAGGCUGAUGCUGUAAAGAUAACUGAGAAGGAUAGUGAAAGCCCCAAUCCUUGCCGCCCUGAGCAUUCAAAAUCGAAAAUUGAAGCAGAGAGUGGACCUGUUGUAGAUGAUACACUGUCAAGUUGCCCAGCUGAUGAUGCAAUAUCAGAACCCAACUCAAAAUCAAAAAUUGAAACGGAGAUUGUGCCCCUUUUUUGUGAUACUCCGUCAAGUUUUCCACCUAAUGCUACAGUAUUAGAAGAACCCCAUUCAAAAUCAGAAGUUGAAUCUGAGAUAGCGAUUGUUGUCAAUGGUACUCUGUCAAGUUUCCACCGAAUGAUGCAAUAUCAGAAGAAUCUACUUCAAAAUCAGAAGUUGAAUCUGAAAGUGUGAUCAUUAUAGAUGAAACUCUAUCGAGUUUCCCACCCAUUGAUGCAAUGUCAGAAGAACCCAAUUCAAUAUCAGAAGUUGAAUCUGAAAGUACCCCAGUUGUAGAUGAUACUCUGCCAAGUUUGCCACCCUAUGAUGCAAUAUCAGAAGAACCCAAUUCAAAAUCAGAAGUUGAAUUUGAUUGUGCGCCCGUUGUAGAUGAUACUCUACCAAGUUUUGCACCCAAAGAUGCAAUAGCAGAAGAACCCAUUUCAAAAUCAGAAGUUGAAUCUGAGAGUACACCCAUUUCGGAUGAUACUUCAAGUUUCCCACCUAAUGAGGCAGUAUCAGACAAACCCAAUUCAAAACCAGAAGUUGAAUCUGAGAAUGCGCCCAUUGGGUUUGAUACUUUGUCAAAUUUCCCACUGAAUGAUGCAAUAUCAGAAGAACCCAAUUCAAAAUCAGAAGUUGAAUAUGAAAGAGUGCCCGUUAUAGACGAAACCCUGUCGAGUUUCUCACCUAAUGAUGUGAUAUCAGAACUCAAUUCAAAAUCAGAAAUUGAAUUCAAGAGUGUGCCCAGUAAAGAUGAUACUCUGUCAAGUUUCACAGCUAAUUAUGCAAUAUCAGAUCCCAAGACCAACCCUGAUUCUGUUGGUUGCGGAGAAAGGGCAUCUAAUGAUGCCACAGGUGUAGACACUGGUUUGUCAAGUUUAGAGGUUGAAUGGGCUGCCAGCCCUUUUAUAUCUGUUUCUGAUAACAAUUCAAAAGAUGCUGGCUUUCCUGCUAAGCCAAAUACUGAUGAAAAACUAGUGUCUGAAGUUCAGAGUAUAUCUGCUCUGGGAAGCAGAGGUAUUCCUGAUGAUGAUGUUAACGCAUCUGAAUCCAGGGUUCUGAAUGACUCUUUUGUGGAGAAUGGCAGGCCAUUAACUUGCAACUUGAAUGAUGUUCAAAUUGAGAGUGAUGUUAAUUCAACAUGUACGGAAGUGGAGCACACUUACGGAAUACUUGGAUCUGAACCCUCAACAUCUUCUGGGGAAGUUUCCACUGCUGAUGCUGUGGAAGGGCAGAAUAAGGGUGCUGAGGUAGAAAAAAGGCCGUUCUAUUUCUUGAUAAGGUUUCCAAGAUAUGAUGAUGAAAAUUUAAAAGAAGAGAUUAAACAGGCUCAGUUACAUGUUGAAGAAAAAACUAAAAGCCGGGAUGCUAUUCGUUCCUAAAUCCAAACUAAAAGGGCCACUUGUAAGGAGUAUUUCGAUAAAAUUGAAGCAGCCAGAUCUGAAGAGAGAGCUGGACGAGACCUGUUUAAGGCCAAACGCAAGGAAAUGGAUUCUGUUCAAUUAAUGAUUAACAGAGUCAAGAAUGCCAUCUCUAUCGAGGAUUUGGAUUAUAAAAUACGCAAUAUGGAACACAGUAUGGAGCAUGAGACCUUGCCUUUGAAGGAAGAAAAACAAUUUAUUCACGAAAUCAAGCAACUGAAGCAACUUCAUGAACAACUCUCUUCUAGCCUGGGUGAGCAGGAUGAAGUUCAAGAAGCUUUAGACCAGAAAUACCAUGUUGAACUGAGCUUAAAGGUUCUGAGGAAGGAAAUGGAUCUACUCAGAGAAAAUCUUCUCAAAGCGGAGGCAGUCACUCAAGCUGCUAAGAAGAGAUUUAAUGAAGAAAAUAAUAUGCUUAAUGAAAUACUUAAUCAGUUUAGAGCUGCAGAUGACAUUCGUCAAGAAGCAUAUGCACAUUUACAGAGUUUGAGGAAACAACAAUAUGAGAAGAACAAAUACUUUUGGAGAUACAAGGAUGAUGUGAAGGCUGCUAAUAAUCUGGCACUGAGUGGAGAUAGGGAACAACUACAACGUUUGUGUAUCAAUCAGGUGGAAACAAUUAUGGAACUCUGGAAUGAUAAUGAUGAUUUCCGUAAAGAAUACUUCAGAUGCAACAACAGGAGUACACUGAGGAGGUUGAGAACCUCAGAUGGGCGCUCUCUUGGUCCUGAUGAGGAGCCCCCUGUAAUACCUGAUAUCGUAAGAGCAACCAAGAAUAAUUUGGCAACAGUGGUUUCCACUCCGGAACAAGCAAAACAAGUUGCCCCUGAGGUGUCUGAAAAACCAGAUGACAUAUCUUCAAUGAAGGUUGUUCAGCAUAAAAAUGAGAUAGCUAAAACGAAGAAGCCUGUGAAACUCACUUCCUCGGAAAUUAUCCCAGAAACUGCUCCUGAAAGAAGUGAUAUUAAAGAGGAAAGGGUAGAAGUCCCUAAAAUAACAAAGGAGGAAGAACAGUUGAGAAAGGAAGAAGCUGAAGCUAGGUUGAGAGAGCAGCGCAGGUCGGGGGAGAAGGCCAAAGCUAAAGAAGCACAGGAGAGGAAAAAAAGAAUAGUGGAGAAGGCUCAAGCCAGAGCUGCCAUAAGAGCACAGAAGGAAGCUGAAGAGAAAGAGAAGGAAAGGGAGAAGAGGAUAAGGAAGAAGGAAAGAAGGAUGGCAACUACAACAAAGGCUACAAAUGAUGUUAGUGAAGGAGAAUCUGCUCCAGAAGCAAGCUUAGAAGCCCCAAAAGAAAUUCCUAAACAGCCUGAGACUAGAGAGAACCCGGUGACAGUAACAAAGAGGUCUCAGAAAUCAGCGCAAUCAACUCAGCAAACCAAGGUAAAAUCCAUCCCUCUGCCUCUACGCAACCGCAGUAAGAGAAGGAUGCAGCCUUGGAUGUGGGCCUUAGCGACAGUUCUGCUGAUCGUUGCCUUGUUAAUGGGCAAUGUAGGCAGCUCCUAUUUGAAGUCUCCGCUGGAAAAGUUUUUCUGAAUACAUGCGGUUAUUUAACUAGGUAAAGUAAUAGAAUUUGCUGGGGCAUUACCAUAAUAAUAUUAGUAUUAGAGAGGCGCGCCGCGCGCACACACACACACACUAUAUAGGCAAUUCUUUUGUGCUCAUGUAUGUAGGGGUUUAUUUUCCUUCUAGUUUGCAGUUGUCUUUCACAUCUGAUAUUGGUUGGUUUCUUUAAUUAUUAUUGUUAUUAUAAGCGUGAAGAAUAAAAUGUGCGACAAAACGGAGAAAAAAGGAACCAAUUCUGAUGAUGAUGAUGAUGCUUUUUUUACCUA